CUUUGCCUCACCAAAAUGGGAUUCCUCUCGUGUUCGAUAAUCCAUAUUUUUCUUGUCCUGCAACUACAAACACUUUGUGUUAUCUUGACAGUUUCAUCUCAGAACAUCAUAAAUGGAUCUAUUCCUGUCGGAGAAUCUCUCACAGCUUCAGAGUCCCAACAAUUCUCUAGCUCAUGGCGUUCCCCUUCCGGUGACUUUGCUUUCGGGUUCCGCAAGAUCCAACCUAACGAUGGUUUCACUCUCUCCGUUUGGUUCGACAAGAUUCCUGACAAAACCAUCGUGUGGCAUGCACAAGCAGUCAAUACGACAACCGGCCUCGUCCCUGCUGGUUCGAACGUUACACUAACCGCAGAUCGUGGUUUGGUUCUGACCGACCCUCGAGGUCAACAGCUCUGGAGUUCUUCACUUCCUCCAAGUAAUGGCUCUGUUUCUCAAGGGCGCAUAAAUGACGCUGGAAACUUCGGUCUGUUAAGCGAAACAACAGAAGAUUCCGGCGAGUUUUUGUGGUCUAGCUUCGCAAAUCCUACCGACACUCUGUUACCUACUCAGGGCAUGGAAGUUGGAAGGAACCUCUCAUCUCGCCUGACGGAGACAAGCUUCAGAAAAGGAAGAUACAGACUACAUCUAGGUAACGAUGGAGAUCUACGGCUUCUCACUCUCAACCCCGAGACGCUUUUAGAAUCCGAUAUAUACUUUGCGUACUACGCAAGUAACACAAAGAAUCAAAACCCCGGGACUCGGCUAGUUUUCAACGAGUCAGGCUACAUGUAUGUUCUUCAAAGAAACAACUCAAGAUUCUAUAUCAAACAAGACGUUCCCGUAUCUUCUAAAGACUUCUACCACCGUGCUGUUCUACAUUUCGACGGUGUUUUUGCUCAGAACUAUCAUCCCAAGGGAGGAGAUGGUGGGUGGAGAUGGGUUUGGUCUCAGCCUGAGAAUAUAUGCGCAAAAGGCUUUGGAACGGACCUUGCUGCUAACGAGGUUGGGAACUUGGCUUGUGGGUUUAAUAAUAUAUGCAGUUUAGGAGAUAACCAAAGGCCAAGAUGUCAAUGUCCUGAGAGGUUUGUGUUGAGUGAUCCUAGUGAUAGCUAUGGUGAUUGCAAGCCAGAUUUUGAGAUGCAUGCUUGUGGAGCGAAGAGUAACCAAACUGAUGUAAGUCUCUACGAGUUUGUUACUUUGGAGAAGACUAAUUGGCCGUCUGGUGAUUACGAGAAGUACUCAAACUAUGAUGAAGAAAGAUGUAAAGCUUCUUGUCUUAACGACUGUUUCUGUGCUGCGGUUGUUUUCGGAACCAUUUGUUGGAAGAAGAAGUUUCCUUUGUCUUAUGGUCACAGAUCUCCGACCGGUGGAGGCGAUACUUUCAUUAAGGUUCGAAAACUCACUGCGGGUGUUCCAAAUACUGGACGAAGAGGCAAAGGCCGUGACGGGUUGAUCAUCACUUGUUCUGUUUUGCUUGGAACUUCAGCUUUGGUGAACUUCAUAUUGCUUUAUAUGAACAGAAACAAGAAGAGGAUGGCGAAGAAACCGAACCAAAGACGAUAUACUGGUGCUGCUACAGCUCAUGACUUGAAUCUGAGAGUCUUUACGUACAGAGAUCUCGUGGUGGCUACAGGAGAUUUCGUGGAAGAGCUCGGAAGAGGAGCGUUCGGGAUCGUUUACAAAGGGGUUUUGAAAGUUUCAGGUGAUUCUGAAGUUAGCGUAGCUGUCAAGAAACUAGACCGUGUUGCUCAAGAAAGCGACAAAGAGUUCAAGAAUGAGGUCAAAGUGAUUGGUCAGAUCCACCACAAGAACCUAGUGAAGCUAAUUGGCUUCUGCGACGAAGGGCAGAGCCGUUUGAUUGUCUACGAGUUCUUACCUAAUGGGAUGUUAGCCGGUUUCCUCUUCAGGCGUCCAAGACCUAGCUGGGAAGAUAGAAGGAGAAUCGCGGUGGAGAUUGCACGUGGGAUCUUGUAUCUACACGAAGAGUGCAGCGAGCAGAUCAUACAUUGCGAUAUAAAACCUCAGAACAUUCUUCUAGACGAGUAUAACAAUCCUCGGAUCUCGGAUUUUGGUUUAGCCAAGCUUCUGAUGAUGAACCAGACGCAUACGCUCACCAACAUCCGCGGAACAAAGGGUUAUGUGGCGACAGAGUGGUUCAGGAACAGUCCCAUUACAUCCAAAGUCGAUGUCUAUAGCUACGGAGUCAUGCUUUUGGAAAUCGUGUGCUGCAAGAAAGCUGUUGAUCUAGAGGAUAAUGUGAUUCUUAUAGAUUGGGCGUACGACUGUUUCCGACAAAGGAGGUUGAAAGAUCUAAUCAAAGAAGAUUUAGAGGCAUUAGACAAUAUGGACUUGGUGGAGAGAUAUGUGAAAAUAGGGAUAUGGUGUAUACAAGAAGAGCCAGGGAAGAGGCCUAACAUGAGAAAUGUAACACAGAUGCUUGAAGGCGUGGCUCAAGUUAAUGAUCCUCCAAACCCUUCUCCCUAUAAUACGUUCACCUGUGCUGAGUCUAUGUCUAAUUAAUCUUCCUGUGUCGUGUUUGAUUUAUUUGUGUUGCGUAGUUAGACACUUUGUAUCAAAUACUUCAUAUUAUUUAUUUAUAGUUAGA